UUAAUUUUAUAACCUACCUCGAUAAAUCACUGCAAACCGCCUUAUCUAAACUGUUCUGUCACGCCUCAAACUGAGAAUAUACUGUCACAUGCUUGUUCCUACGCAUUUCUGACAUUAGAGAUUCCUGGCACGUCAUUUUUAAAUUCACUAUAUAUAUGCAUACGUUUACGGUGUCAUCUGUCAACUGUGAAUUAUGAAAUGACCAAUAAUGUUCUACACAGUUACACUUGCUUGCUCGAAUUUUGAUUUACAACUUAGCAAGCAUCCUAUAAAAUCGUAAGACGAGGUGCAAUCCUUUACUAGGAUAAAACAAAGAACGACUAAGUAAUAAAGGAAGGUUCACCAUGGAUAAAUUAAGGAAAGCACUGAGCGGUGAUGAACAAUGUGAUGAAGAAAGCGGAAUCAUAACACAGGGAAAUGUAGAUUUCGUGGUAAUGGAUUCAACAACGCUUAGUUGGUCAACAAGAAUAAAAGGCUUUGCAAUUUGCUUUAUAGUCGGUAUUCUUUGUUCAUUCCUUGGAUCGUUUGCUUUAUUUUUAAGCAAAGGACUUACAGUGUUCGCUAUAUUCUACACACUUGGGAAUAUCAUCUCCUUAGCAAGCACUUGUUUCCUUAUGGGGCCAGUUAAUCAAGUUAAAAAAAUGUUUGCCGCUACAAGAGUUAUAGCAACGAUACUCGUGUUUUUCUCCAUUGUAAUGACCUUGACAUCAGCUCUUGCGUUCCAUAAAGCUGGAUUAGCCCUCAUAUUUAUAAUCAUACAGUCACUGGCAAUGACAUGGUAUUCCCUUUCAUAUAUACCAUAUGCUCGUGAUGCCGUCAAGAAGACAAUAGGAACAUGCAUUACGUGAACUACAAUUUAUGUGUCCAAAUGUAACAACAUCAUGAGUAAUAUGCUCAGGCGUGAGAAAUUAUUGUAUACACAGAUGAUAAAAUGUAAAUGAACUAACCAAUUAUGUGAGCUGCAAAGGGUAUCCAGUAAUUUUAGAAGCUCGAGUGGUCGUAUAAAAUAUCCUGAUAUAUAAGACUUCUUGAAAUAGUUAGGAUUAUCAUGAUAUCUUACUCAUUAUAAAUUAAAUUAAGAAAAGAUUUCUGUUAUUUAAUAUUUCUUAAAAAGCUUGGUUUUUGCCAUUCUCGGAUAAUAAUUAUAGACUGCAUUUAUACAUGUAUUGAAUAACUUAUGAUAUCUAGUUUAAUAAAAUCAAAUCCAUAAUCUGUUGAUUGUGUCUAAGAGCAAA